AUGAAGAGUGUUGCCCUUCUCUGCGGCCUUUUGGCCUCGUCGGUGUCGGCCCACAUCCAGAUGUCCAACCCGUACCCCAUCCGCAGUCCCCUCAACCCCAACGGCGGUGACAACAAGGACUACUCGUACACCAACCCUCUGUCCAGUGACGGCCACGACUUCCCGUGCAAGGGAUACGCGAAUGACCCGUUCUCGUCGGUAGCCAACUACUCCCCCGGUGGUUCAUACAGCCUGGAACUGCAGGGCAGUGCCACGCACGAGGGAGGGUCCUGCCAAAUCUCCCUGUCCUACGACCAGGGCAAGUCCUUCAAGGUGAUCCACUCGAUGAUCGGCGGAUGCCCCCUCACCUCCAAGUACCAGUUCUCGAUCCCCUCGGACGCUCCCGGCGGGCAGGCGCUCCUGGCGUGGUCGUGGUUCAACAAGGUCGGCAACCGCGAGAUGUACAUGAACUGCGCCCAGGUCACCAUCGGUGGCUCCAAGAAGCGAGAGGUUGCGCAGCAGGAGGUCGCCGGGGCCGUCGCCAGCUACAGCAGCGCCCCGCCCAUGUUCAUCGCCAACAUCAACGGACCGGGCGGCUGCACGACCACAGAAGGCCAGGAUGUCAACUUCCCCAUGCCCGGCUCGUCCGUGGAGGGUAGCGGCUCCGGCACCGGUUACACCUGCACCGGCUCGGCGGAUUUCCUGGGCGGCUCCCACGGCUCUAACUCCGCCGCCUCGCCCUCUGCGUCUUCCUCUUCCUCCUCCCACAACGCCUUGACGUCCUCGGCAGCGGGGCAUGCAUCGCCAUCCUCUUCCCCUUCCUCUUCUUCCCACUCGUCGGCCUCUAAGGUGGCUUCCGCCUUUGGUUCCAACACCGAGCACACCGUGCUCCUCCCCACUGCCCCUGCUGCCCCUGCCCCCGCAGAGGCCGACAACACCCACGGCGGCGCUUGCGUCGACAACACCAUCAUCUGUGACGAGGACGGCAAGAGCUGGGCCCUGUGCGCCCACGGCCGUCCGGUCCACAUGGGAUCCGUCGCUGCGGGCACAUACUGCAAGCACGGUGCCAUGCACGCCGCUUGA